AGGAGUUUGGAAGGGCGAUACGUCAACUAGUUUUCUGGAUGUUAUAGUGUCUGAACUACUACUACUACUACUACUACUACUACUACUACUACUACUACUACUACUACUACUACUACUACUGCUACCGCCGCCGCCGCAGCCGCCACCACCACCACCACCACACCACCACCACCACCACCACCACCACUAGUACUAUCACCACCACUACCACCACUACUACUACCACCACCACCACUACCACCAAGAACCACUCCGGCCAUCUCGGACGGUAAUCACAGAACUGACCACUUCGAAUAACGAUAACAUUAACCAAUACUAACAUUGAGCGUUGCAAACAACGGUAACAGCUGCAAGGAUCAUUCUGAUCACCACGGACAGUAAUCGCUCCAAUACUGACCACCUCAAAUAACAGCAGUUGCCAAAAUUUACUAGACCACUAAAAUAUAAAAAAAAUAACUAUAGCAAGAACACCAUUCCCACCACAACCACCACCACCAUCAACUAUAACUCGAACAGCAACAACAUCAACUACAGCAACAACAAUAGCUACAACAGCAACAACAACUAAAACUAGAACACUACCAAGAACAACAAUAUCGACAGCACCAACAACAAUUAUUACGUUUAUUAAAUCCGUUAUAAUGAAAGCCGUGGCUACUGUUUUAACAUAUUGGAGCAUAACGUCUCUGUUGAUGUUGUGUGUAGCUGACAGGGCCCCAGCAAACCCUUGUAUGUUUGUCGCCAACCAAACCACAUUUCUAGCUGACCCCGACGGUAACUGUUCUACCUUCUAUGUCUGUUCGAAUGGUCACUCACUUCAGCUUUCAUGCCAACCGGCAGGAGUCUGGAACGAAGAAACUUCGGCCUGCGUACCCCGAUAUUCAGUAUUCGACCACUGCAGCCGGAAGCAUACACAUGAAGCUGUCUUCUGUGAGGAAGGCCUGAACGGCACCAAUCCCUACCAAGACAACUGUGCUCAUUAUUUCGAUUGCCAUCCCAUAUCUUCAAAUGGAGGCCGCCUGUUGAAACGUUCGGGUGAGUGCCCUUAUCCAAUGUUGUUCAACAGCGGCACUCGGAGAUGUGAGCCUUAUCGAUUUGUCCAGUGUGGUCCACGCUAUGAACCAACCGAACCAUGUGAAUAUUUGUCAAACCGCUGUCAAAUGGAAAAGAACUGCGAGCCUUGUCAGCAACGGUUCCCGUCUUGCUCUCAACUUGAGGAUGGAUUACAACCUUGGAGCGGACAACUUUGGACAUCGAAGUUCAUGACCUGCAAAGAUCAACGUGUGCUCUACAGGGGUGACUGUCCAUCACCUAAUCUGCCUGGUAUCCAGAGUAUUUUCCACCCUACAUUGAAAAUUUGUGUCUCUGUUAAAGUGACUGAAUAAAGUAUUACCUUUGACCAUUUCA